AUGGCCGACACGACGAAUGAGCUCAAUGAGCUGUUUGCAGCUCACUUUCCAGAUGGCCUACCCAAGGACAUACUCGCCGAAUUGCAGUCGAUUCUGAGGAUCCAUUUGAUCACACCAGAGGAGCUGUUCUACAAAUGGGAGUCCUACAGUAUCAAGAUGGGUGACGAGCUCAAAUUGAGUAUGGAUACUGUUCGCGGGUUCAAGCAAGACGUGCAAGAAGCUUUGGAACGUGAAAGUCGCGGUAAACUUGGGCGGCAAAUGGAAAAGAGGAGCACCGUUACCGCAACGCCGCGCGCCGCGUCCGGUGCCGAUGUCUUCGGGAUGUUGGACGAAUUGACACCGAAUACCGCUAAUGCUCGCAAAAUGAAUGGUACCGGGGCAGUUAAACGAAAGUCCGAGUUCACGUCGCCGACGACACCCAAGGUAGGCAGAGUUGAGAAAUUUGGAACCCCAGCUGGUGUGAAAACGCCAACAACUGCAGCAAAUGGCCCUGCAGUGCCCUUUGCGGAGCGGCCGAACGCAGGUCAGACAAUAGAAACCCUGAAUGCGCACCUUGCUCUCGCCGAUGUUCCGAUGGCGCCCUACUCCGAAGCACGCAUUCGACCCACUGCAAACACAGACCUGAAGAAAUUUGGAUACAAGCCCAUGGGCAUGCGUCUUUCAGAGGCAUCGGAGAUUCUCGAUGACCGGAUUGACGAAUUUGCGGCGAUAUUCCAGAAGCACUAUGAUUCCGAUGAUAUCACAUUUGGCAGUGCGGCCACACAAAGCACGAGCGAAGUCAUUGCCGUUGGCCGUAUCGCAUCUGACUCCCUGGAAGGGAAACUCAAUCCAGCCUCCUUGGUGCUGGAGAUGUCACGCCGAACUGGCGCUGGGCGACGUAUCCCACUCAAAGUGGACUCGCUGCCCUCAUUGAAUUUCUUUCCCGGUCAAAUAGUCGCUCUUCGAGGAAUCAAUCCCAGCGGUGACUACUUCACAGUCAAAGAAGUUCUACCGAUCCCACUUUUGCCCCCUGCCGCAUCCUCGGCAGUGACACUGGAUAAUAUCGCGGAGCGCUUCGAAAGCAGUGGGUCCAAUUCACCCUUGAACGUCAUGGUGGCGGCAGGACCAUACACAACAUACGACAAUCUUGAAUUUGAAGCCCUUCGGGAACUCUGCCAAAAGGCUGCCGACAGCUGUGCCGAUGGCCUGGUACUUUUGGGUCCUUUCCUAGACAUUGAGCAUCCGUUGCUCGCUUCCGGCGACUUUGAUUUGCCAGAAAUCAAGGGAGUAGACCCAGAUACCAUGACCAUGACCACUGUGUUCCGCCACUGUAUCUCUGCCCCUCUAGUACGUCUUGCUCAGGCUGUGCCAAGUAUCACGAUUGUGAUCGUUCCGUCUGUGCGGGACAUGAUCAGUCGCCACGUUGCAUGGCCUCAAGAACAGCUUUCCAAGAAAGAUCUCGGACUGCCCAAGCAGGUCCGAAUGGUGUCCAACCCAGUCACACUUUCCUUCAAUGAGACUGUGGUCGGUAUGUGUUCCCACGACGUUCUCUCCGAGCUUCGUCGGGAGGAGGUUCUCCAAGGUAGGCCUGCCGAGGGUAACCUCCUAAGCCGCCUGCCAAAGUACCUCGUUGAACAACGUCAUUUCUUCCCCCUUUUCCCUCCUACUGCGCGCGCCAAUCUUCCCAAGCCCGGCUCAGACGCGGGUCAAGGCACCGGAGCAAUGGUCGAUAUCCCCUACAUGAAGCUUGGGGAGUGGUGGAACGUUCGCCCUGAUAUUUUGAUUGUUCCAAGCAUGCUCCCUCCUUUUGUAAAGGUUGUGGACAGUGUCUUGGUCAUCAACCCAGGCACGCUGUCAAAACGCAAAGCAGCCGGCUCUUUUGCUCAAAUGGCUAUUCACCCGCGAGGCGUGACAGACGAGGAGCGCGAGUCAAAACAACUCGACCACAAGCUUUAUGAACGAUCUCGAGUCGAUAUCAAUCGAAUUUAG